CCCAUCUACUGUCUCCAUCCCCCCUCCAGCUCUACAUUACAUUCACUCUUCUCCUCUCUCUCUGUGUCUCUCCUGAAACCCUCUCUCUUUCUUUCUCUCUCAAAUAUUGUGUGUCCAAGCUCUCCAACGCCGCCGCAUGGUGUUGUAUAUUAUAUAGUUAAAUAUAUCAUUUGAUAUAAGAGUAGUAUUAUUAGUUUUUCCGACGAUGUUGAGGAGAUGACGAUGAGGAACAGUAUGGGACAGUUUGUGGAUACGACUCUGACCAAAGUCUUCGUCGGAGGAUUGGCAUGGGAGACUCCGAAGGAAGCCUUGAGAGACCACUUUGCCAAGUACGGCGAGAUCGUAGAAGCCGUGAUCAUCUCCGACAAGAUUACUGGCAGAUCCAAGGGCUACGGUUUCGUGACGUUUCAGGAUUCGGAGGCGGCGAAGAAGGCUUGCGAGGACGCCACCCCGAUCAUCAACGGCCGCCGAGCCAACUGCAAUCUGGCUUCGCUCGGAGGACGACGCCCGAGAUCAACCUCAAUCAUGCCUCUCCCUCAACAAGGAUCUAAAGUAGGACCAAGAUCUGCAUCGUCAGCACCACCGGCCAGAUACAUGCAGUGGUACUAUCCAGUGGGGACACAUGCAUCGACGUUUCAUCAUCAGCACCAUCAGGCCGUUGCUUUCUAUGGGUACAGGUACCCUCCUUCCUACGUAGCCACAGAUAUCAGUUACAAUCAGAAACUAAGCUACACCGGGGGGUCCUACAUGAAUGGGCAUUUCUUGCAAGUGUAUCCGGGUCAAACCGUGGUGGGUGCGAACACAUCGAUCCCAAUGUACCCUCUCUACAACUUCCAUCAAUCGCAGACCAUGGGCUCCCCUACUGCUCACAUCUAUAGCCCAACAACUGUAGGCCCAAUGACCACAGUCCCAGCCCUCAUCUCAAAGCCCAUUUUAAUGGGUCCCAAAACAGUUUGUCUGGCUGUGGAAUAGGUACAAUUGGUGUUGGUGAAGCUUUCAAAAAGGGAAAAUAGCAAAAGAAGGGUGGUGAUGGGUUGCUGCUCAGAGAACAUUGUCAUCUGAUCUGUGGUGAUUCUUCUAAUUUCCAUGUAUUGUAAUUAAUUUUUUAUUUUUGAGUGUCUCAUUGGAUUCAUUCAUUCUCUCUCUAACUUGAGCUGCCAACAACUACAAAUUAAAAAUAAAAAAAAUUGUAAUCCAAGUCAUGCUAGUAUUAUAUUGGAUGCUUUUCAUGCCUAUCA